UCUUCCCUUCUUUGUGCAAAGGAGUUUCUGCAGAAAGUUCAUAGCAACCAGUAUUUGACGCAGGUUUUUCCCACUAUCGUUGCAUUUUGGGCGCAAAAUGGUACAAAGCCAAAUAACAUUUGUGAAUCAUAAACUAGAGUUUUCUGGGAGUUCUAUGGAGGAGUAUGAUUUGGAAGACUUACUGAGAUCAGAAGCGGUACUCUUGGGGAAGGGAACUUUUGGAUUUAGCUAUAAGGCAGAAUUGGAAAAUGGAAAAACUGUGGCUGUUAAGAGGUUAAAAGAUUGUUGUUUGCAUGAAGAGGAGUUUAAUCAAAAGAUUCAAGAAUUAGCAAAAUUGAGUGAUCAUCAGAGUUUGCUUCCUCUAAGAGCUUAUUACUAUUCAAAAGAUGAGAAGCUUCUUAUAUUUGAUUACAUGCCCACGAGUAGUUUGGCUUCCCUUUUGCAUGACAAUGAAGUGGCUAAGAAAGCUCCACUCACAUGGGAAGUAAGGACUAGAAUCGCUUAUGGAGUUGCUCGUGGUCUCCAAUUUCUCCAUGCUCAAGGCCCUGGUGUUUGCCAUGGUAACAUAAGGUCAUCCAAUGUUUUACUCAACAAUUGUUUCGAUGUUCAUCUCUCAGAAAAUGAAAUUUUCAGACUUUUCGUGCCAAACUCCAAGUUUGUCCUAAUCCCUGGCUAUCAAGCACCAGAAGUGGAAAAUGCCUACGAUGUUUCUCCGAAAUCUGAUGUUUACAGCUUCGGUGUCCUGCUCUUGGAAUUACUGACUGGUAAGGCCCCGUUGGAAGCAAUUGGCAAGAACACAGGGGUUGAUUUACCUAGUUGGGUUCGAGAUAUGUUUCAAGAAAAGCCUAUUAUUGAUGUUUUUGAUAGUAUGCUGCUGCAUAAUUACCAGAAUUUUGGAGAACAGAUGGUUCAAUUGUUACAGCUAGCAAUUUGCUGUACCUUCAAGAAUCCAUCUAAAAGGCCCUCAAUGGUUGCAGUGACUAAUAGAAUAAAAAGGACGUGUAGUUUUAGAUCAUGAAGAUGGUUAUUAGCUGAUAAUGGACCAUUGAGAGCCAUCUGUUCCUUUUUGUAGUUUUAUAUCUUUUUAAAAUUCAAUUACACAAUGUAAACAGGAUUCUUGUCUCAAGCAUUUUAAUCGGACAGAAACCAGCUU